AUGCGCUUGAAUCAUGCAAAUCUUGGAAAUGCUAAUUUUGCAAAAUUCUUCAUGGAGAUUGGGACAAAUCCUCAAGAAAUUGUUAAACUUCCAUCAACAAUACACAAAUGCCAAGAUCUACAAGACAUAAUCUCAAUAGUUUAUCCGCAACUGGAUGUGGCAAUGACAUCGAUUGCAACAUGUUUAACUGAACGUACAAUUCUUUAUGCACAGAAUGAUGAUGUCGAUGCUAUCAAUACUGCUGCAUUGAAUAUUUUUCCUGGUAACACAUAUACUUAUUUGGCAGCAAACAAGAUGUCUGAAGAUGAUGAAAUUGAUCGUACUCUAAUAAAUAGGUAUCUUAAUGAGUAUUUAAAUUCAUUAGUUCCUCCUGGGCUAUCAGCUUUUAAGGUAGAGUUAAAAGUGGGUUAUCCUAUAAUGUUGUUAAGAAAUAUUGCACCAAAAGAUGGACUGUGCAGUGGCACAAGAUUGAUAGUUUCUAGAUGCAAUACUCGCAUAAUAGAAGCUCAAAGUUUAACUGAAGAAAAAUUUGGCAAUUUGGUAUUCAUACCAAGGAUAUCCUUGACACCAUCUUCUUCAAAAAUGUCUUUCCAAAUGACAAGACGUCAAUUUCCAGUUCGAUUGUCAUAUGCCCUGACCAUUAAUAAAUCUCAAGGGCAAUCUGUGAAAUUUGUUGGAGUUGAUUUGCGCACACCAGUGUUUAGUCAUGGGCAAUUGUACGUGGCCUUAUCUAGAUGCACAUCUUUUGAUCGUAUAAGUGUCCUCCUUCCCAAUAAUGAGCUAGAUUCUACUACAAACAUUGUUUAUCCUGAAAUUUUGUUAUAG